AUGAAGUUCUCAACCAUCGUCACUAUUGCCGCCGUUGCUGUUGCCGUCAGCGCCCACUCAAACGAGCAGGAGAUCACUUGUGGUAUUAAAGGAUUCACUGGAAAAUCGUACAACGAGUCCAAGGUGUGCUGCGAAUAUUCCGGCAACUGUGGAAAAUUGUCCAAGUGCACUGAGAGUUUCUGCAAAGCCUCUGGCAAAUCUGGCAGCAGCAAAAACGAGUACAAGAUCACUUGUGCCGAGAAGCGUGAGCGUAACCUUGAUGCCUUGAAAGGUCCCAUCCACAAGAACAAGGAGUGCUGCCAGUGGUCUGGUGAGUGCGGCGACUUGAAAAAGUGCACCCAGUCAUACUGCGAGAAGGAUGCUCACUCGUCUGACGUUUACAAAAAUUCGGACUUCCAGUUUUAAGAUGCUUCUUGUAGUCCCUAUACGUAAAACAAAUAAUUUAAUAAAACAUCAAGUGCCAGAUA